AUGGCGGCCUGCAUUAUGCUCACACACAAUCCCAUGUGUGGCUGCGUGAUCUCAGCCCUGUCCAGGAUCUCCCAUCACAGCAUUGUGCAGAUCAAAGGCAUGAGGCCUUUUCCUUCGGAGGACACUGGUCUGAAUGAGGAUGACGUGUACCGGAGUCUUGAGGAGCUGGCAGAUGAGCAUGACGUGGGGGAGGAUGACAUCUACGACUGUGUUCCCUGUGAGGAUGAUGGAGAUGACAUCUACGAGGACAUCAUCAAGGUGGAAGUACGACAACCCAUGAAAAUGGGCAUGACAGAAGACGACAAGAGAAACUGCUGCUUAGUGGAGAUCCAGGAGACUGAGGCCAAGUACUACAAGACGCUGGAGGACAUUGAGAAGAAUUAUAUGAUUCCCCUGAAGCAAGUUCUAAGUCCACAAGACAUGGGGGCCAUCUUUGUAAAUCUGGAGGAUGUGAUUAAGAUCCACUCUGCUCUGCUGAGGGCCAUCGACCUCAACAUGGUGAGCGGAGGCAACGGUCUGGGGAAGAUCUUCAUAGACUUCAAGGAAAGGUUGCUGAUCUACGGCCAGUACUGCAGCCACAUGGAGACCGCUCAGAAGACACUGGAUGAGCUCAUCACCACGCGGGAGGAUGUCAAGAUGAAAGUAGAGGAGUGCACUAUGAAGGUGCAGGAAGGGAAGUUCAAGCUCCAGGACCUGUUGGUAGUGCCCAUGCAGAGAGUACUAAAGUACCAUCUCCUUCUCAAGGAGCUGGUGAGUCAUUCAAUUGACCGACCUGAUAGACAGCAGCUCAAGGAGGCGUUGGAGGCCAUGCAGGACUUGGCUAUGUACAUCAAUGAAGUGAAGAGAGACAACGAGACCUUGAAGAAGAUUAGUGAAUUCCAGAACUCCAUCGAGAACCUUCAGGUCAAACUGGAGGAGUAUGGCAGACCAAAGAUAGAUGGAGAGCUCAAGGUGUCCUCCAUAGUCAACCGAACAAAACAGGACCGGUACAUAUUCCUGUUUGAUAAAGUGGUCAUCGUGUGCAAGCGGAAAGGCUACAGCUAUGAACUGAAAGAGAUCAUUGAGCUGCAGUCAUACAAAAUGUCUGACGACCCCAUGAACAACAGGGACGUGAAGAAGUGGUCCUAUGGCUUCUACCUGAUCCACCUGCAAGGCAAGCAGGGCUUUCAGUUCUUCUGUAAAACAGAGGACACCAAGAGGAAAUGGAUGGAGCAGUUUGAGAUGGCCAUGUCAAACAUCAAGCCGGAGAAAGCCACGGCCAAUCAGCACAACUUCCAGAUGCACACGUUUGAGAAGAACACCAACUGCCGAGCCUGCAAGAUGCUGCUGAGGGGGAUCUUCUACCAGGGGUACUACUGUUCCCGCUGUGGGACUGGAGCUCAUAAAGAGUGUCUAGAGUGCAUCACCAUCUGCAAAAUCAAUCCACUCGACACGGACCCUGGACUACCGUCAUCAGGCCCUAAGAUGGUGGCAGUAAGGAACUAUCAUGGGACGCCUGUUCCUCCGGGGAAGACUCCACUCUCCUUUCAGACAGGGGACUUCAUCGAGCUGCUGAAGGGGGAACCUGACACCACCUGGUGGGAGGGAAAGCUUAUCCAAACCCAGAAGAGUGGCUUCUUUCCUAACAACUGUGUAAAGCCUUGUUUGGACCCCAAGCCUUUGUUCCAGUCCUUCCCCAGCCGGCAGCCCUCAAGGGAAACAGACUACUAUGGAUACCCCUGGUUUGCUGGCAACAUGGAGCGGACACAGGCUGACAACCUGUUGAAGUCCCACAGCAGUGGAACAUACCUGAUCAGAGAGAGGACUGCUGAGGCAGAGAGGUUCGCCAUCAGCAUCAAGUUCAAUGAUGAAGUGAAGCACAUUAAAGUCAUUGAGAAAGACAGCUGGAUCCACAUCACUGAGGCUAAGAAGUUUGAGAGUCUACUGGAGUUGGUGGAGUACUAUCAGUCUCAUUCGCUGAAGGAGAGUUUCAAGCUGCUAGAUACAACAUUACGAUAUCCCUACAAAUCUAAAGAACGGGGGCCGGCGUCGCGGGCCAGCACCCGCUCUCCAGUAUUCACGCCGAGGGUGGUCAGCACAGCGGUGGCCAGAUACAACUUUGCAGCACGGGAUAUGAGAGAGCUGUCUCUCAGAGAAGGGGACAUCGUCAAGAUCUACAGCAAGAUUGGAGGAGACCAGGGGUGGUGGAAGGGAGAGGCCAAUGGCAGGAUUGGAUGGUUUCCCUCAACGUACGUUGACGAAGAAGGAGUUCAGUGAGGCUCUGAUGUCACCACGGCCCCAGUCCAAUCACACCACACCUCGCUCCACAGUCCUCAGAGAGGACUAGUUGGUUUCCAGGGAAACACUAUGUGGAAUACUUUUUGCUGGAGACUGAUUUUGCAGUGAACAACGUUUCUACUCCGGUUUUCUUCCUACUUGUAUGCAUCGGCUUUGCUUAUGUUGUUUUUUGUAAGAUCUUGUCCUGUUUGAUCUCUGUGAGGAAGUCUGUCUGCCUCUUGUUGUUCUGAAGAGGCUGACAUGGACUGUGAAAAAUUGUAGAGAGGCCCAACAUACAGUACAUACAGAUACUGGGAACCUAUAGUUUUAUUACAUAGAUAGACUCCUCCUUUGUUGCAGGUCUAUGGGAGGGGCUAAUAUAAUGUAUAGAUAAUUUAUUUAACAGAGAUCCUAACAAUUAUUGUGUGUUGUUGAGAUUAGCAACAAAGCAGACAAAAAGAAAAAGAACAAGACACAGGUUUGUGUCUUUUUGCUGGAAGAUUUUGCCUUAGUUGUCAUGGCGAUGCCUUGAAGGCUUACAGGAGAGAUGGAAGGAGAAAUGGCCUUGCACACACACACACUCACACUUGCCCUUGCCUUUGAAGUGUGGUCAAUGCUCACAGGAUUCGCCAGUCAUGGUCCAUGGACUAUCUGCAGCUUACAGUUGAGCUCUACCAAUCUAUCCUCUACUGCAGAGUGGACUAUGGAUGGAGAAGAAGAGAGAAGGGGGCGAUGGAACAUUUGGGAUUGCUCCAGUCAUCAACACUCUAUGUGAAUGGUGCAAGAAGGGAGUUAGUUCAUUAAUUCGUCCCCCUUGCCGACUGAAGAUAGACAGUGGCACUCAGAAACAUUGCACUGGAGUCGGGGUAUUAACUGUUCCUGUCGCAGCCAAAAAACACAGCGACCCACAGAAAGGUGUAAUGUUAGGUAGAAUGGGUGUACAGAUAGAAGGUUCACAUCAGUCUCAGCACUUUACGUCUAUGGGAUCUCCUCACAAUCAACAGGAUGCAAAAAGGGAAACGUUAAGUCAGUCCAACAGCCACUUAAUGCACUGAAAAUCUAUCUUGGUGUUCAAUGUUUUUGUUGUUUUAUUUUAACAAGACCAAAUUUACUUGCUGAAAACUGGACCAACCUGAAUUAUUUUAAAGCCAAAUGCAACCUCUUUUUAUUAAUGUCCGCAUGAACUUUAACCUAGAUAUUUGUAUUAUCAGUUUGUUUGUACCUUGCCUUAUUUUACAAAUGGACACAUGGUACAGGGACUUCAGCAAGUUUACAAUUUAAAUCAACUUUUGUUGCUUUGGUGACUGGCGAAGUAAUAUGGCAGCUCCAUGAAUUACGCAGAAUCAAAAAGUCAACAUCAUACUAUGAUGAUCUACCUGCACAUAAUAUGAAGGUGUCACAAUAUGGACAUAUGGUAUGCAGUCAUACAUUUUCUAGCUCCAAGGGAAAACAGUGCAGCCACACUGGAUCAUUGACUGAAUGACCACAUCCAUUUAAUUAGAAGAUAGAGAUACAGAUGGCUGCCAUAUUCCCUGGUCCCAUCCCAGAUCAGUUGCCAAGUAGGCUACCCACAAUAAUUUACUGACCAGAAGGAUUCAAACAGUGAUGUUGGCUGACAAACUAAGACUGAUGUGGUGGAAGAGGAAAGAGUACUGUAAGUUUCUGACCAUAUGUGACAGUGUGUAUUCCAAAGGCCCACUACUCCCAAAUACAACUCCUGCCAUCUAGGAUUGAAGGAGUUCAUUUUGAGGGGAGUACUUGUUAGCUAAGGGGGGGGGGGGAUUACUUAGUCGCUGUUUGUGUAGUGGAGAAAACCCAUUGCAUGUGGUAAUAGAUAUUUCGACUCCUGUCAGUACAUCCUCAAAAAAUUACUUAAUCGUGUACAUUUUUUUGAACGGUCGAGUAUUUCCAAAAUGAGGUCUAUCAUGAAAUAAAUAUUU